AAGACACAGAAACCCAACUUGUGACCUCUCUUUGUAGGAGGAAAUUUAAAGAAUGAUGCUUAAUUAGAUCGAUAAGUAGGAUAAGAGGGCAUUCGUGAUUUGGAUAAGUGAUCAGGAAGUGGAGAAUAGGUCAAGUUUCCUAGGUGGAGGGAAGGUGAGCUCUGUACAGUAAGAUAGUCACUGAUGCCCCUUUAAAAACCGCGCAGUGACGUCAGAUAUUUUUGACAGGGGGCAGGCAGCGGGAGAAGAAAGGAGCGGAUGCACUCAGGGUGAAGGAUGCCCAGGAUAAUGUCACCCGUUUGUUCCCUCUCCCACCUAGCCGUGUCAUGAUAAACGCUGCUGGGGCGCUCGCCCGCAGGAUGCCGUCGGCGGCCCGGCGGAGCGGAUGCUGGAUAGCGUGGUGCCAGGCGGCGCUGCUCGGCGUGUCGGCGCUGGUUAUCGUGGCCGAACGGACCGCUCUGUUCUACUGUAUAGGAUUUUACCUUUGGAACGAGGAGACGCAGUGGGCUGGCCUCACUCUCGGCCUCUUUCUACCGGGGACGGCAGUUCAGCUGUUAAGUGUGAAAUGGUACUAUGAUGAUGGUGAUGACAGGCGAUGCUACCUCUCUGUCAUACACAUACUGCACUUGGGCAUCUUCAAAAGGUUAUGGGACUGCAUGAGGUCUGUGUUAUACAUGCAGGGCUCAGUGGCUGAGCUCGGUGCUGCCGUCAUGCAGCAGGCGGAUGUUGCUGCCCUUUGGCUUCUGGAGGCCCUCGUCCUCACGCUGCCUCAGAGUCUGCUGCAGGCAUAUAUCGUGGUGUCUACUGAUGUGGGCAUCAUGUCCCCAGUGGCCUAUUGCUGUGGUCUGUGUGUGCUGUCUAUUUCCUGGGCCCUGGUGUUGUACAGCCGAGCCUGCUGUCUGAUCCGGCCAGGCCACCUGGCCAUGCCUCCGGCUGCCCUGCUGUGCCAGCUGGUGUGGAGGGCAGGCAUGCUGGGUGCCAGGGUGACCUGCCUCAUGUUCUUUGCCAGAGUCUUUAACUGGUGGGUCUGUGGAGUAGCAGGUUUUCACUGGCUCACAGCCUCCUUCUGGCUGGUAUCACAGCAACCAGACAUCUGCACCGGCCCUUGGUGUUGGCGUGCCUUUAAUGCCAUCAUGGGGCUCGUCCACGUCUUCCUCUUCCUUAACGUCAAAGACGGACCAUCGCGCUUCCGCAUGGCCAGUUUUUAUGCAUUCAUGCUUGUCGAGAACGCCACUCUGCUGCUGGCCGCCUCCGACUUCCUCAGCGAAGCAUCAUGGGACAACAUGACCCUCCCCACCACUGUGUUGUGCAGCUUUCUUCUCGGCGCUACCUCUCUAGUCCUCUACUACCGGUUCCUCCACCCCAAGUCAACAGAGAUCUCCCAGGGCACGAACCACAACCACAUGGGCAGCACGUGUAUAGAACGGGGGGAGUCUUCCUUCUCUCUUGGAGACAAAAGCAUGCCAGUUCCCUCCAUACAAAACCAUGGUAGCUUCUCCCUCUCAGGUGUGGCUGGUUCCCUGCUGGAGCACCCGGGUACCUGUAGGGGUAGGCCUAACAGCUCCUGCCCUUGCUACCAUCACCACUGGCUUCUUAUCCGACUGGCCCUGAAAACAGGUGACCUGGGGAAGAUCAACAGAGCGUAUGGGGCCGGCGGAGCAGCAGCUAUACUCGACAUGGAGGAGUACAACCAAGAGUUUAAGAGUAACGAGGGCAUCACUAUCACGGCAGGAGGCAGCUGUGAGGGCGUCUCUACCUCUGAGUCUCAGGGGAAAGGCCUGGCACCACUUUCAGACUGCAAAGAUGAGUUCCAGAGUGUGAGCGAACCCACGUCGAACGAACAACCUGAAGAAGAGGAAGACAGUCUGGAGAUGGAGAGCCCGCUGGAGUCGCCCGAAUCGGAUUUCAAACGCAGCUCACCAGAGGGCAAGUCUGUAUUUGGAGACAGUCCAGAGCCGUACUUCUGCCCCACCGAGUCAAGUUCAACGCUGUAUUUCAGUGCUGAUCCUCAGUCUCCCAGCAGCACCAGUAACCACCGUUUGGACCGGGACAUUGGGGGUCUGGAACAGGGUGUGCGUCUCAAUUCCAUCCCUAGCGAUCCAUCCCUUCACAGAGAUGUCCGUGGGCUAAUGGGCAGGGUUGGACCACGCUUCACUUCCACACCUAAACUAGACUCUGGAGUGCAGGACUCUCCCUCCAGUGUCCCUCACCUCACAGGUCCCAGGAGGCAGCUCAUAAUGUCCCGAAGAGAUGAAGAUGAUAAUUUCUAGCUUUCUCAUGACAGAAUCAGGGAAAAAGUAACAGCAACUUAUCCAACAAUAAAGGAGUACACCAGCUUUUUAAGUGUUUUAAGAUGAAAAGGCUGGCGGAAAUUUCACUUCUAUGUGUUUGUAUAUUUAGAACACUGUGGGGCAUAGUAUAUAUGCAAACAAUUCUGGGAUAAUGCUAAGCUAACCUGUACUUUUCUUAGACCAUUAACAAUUUUCUAAGAGCAACACAUUGCCCAAAUGCUGGACGCACAGAGGUGAAACCUUUGACAGUGUUUUCAUCAGACAUAAAGAAGAUAAUUAACGAGCUAAUCGGUGGUGUAUGGAGCUCAGACACACCUUCUACUCUCAUGUUCAACAAACAUUUGUUUCAAUUCCUUUGGCAGCAAUUACCUUAAGUCUCAAGAAUAUUGCUGUGUCACAAUAUUGGCUCUGUCAGAUUGUAAUUAUAUAUUAAGGAAGCAGCCAUGAGUUAUAUCAAUAAACGUCAUUAGAUAUAUGCAGCUGCUUCAUGAUCUCGGACAACUUGUGGUCUUUAUAUUACAAAAUGAAGCUGCUGUUAUUCAUGUUAAUCAAUGCCAGUCGUUAUGAGAAUAGAGAUAUUAUUCCUAGAUCUUAAGGGCGCAGAAGUGUCUAAAUCUCAACCAUUUCAGCGCGGGCCAGAGCUUUGUUGGCUUCUUAAAAGCACAAGUAUCCUUUGUACCAUAUGUCUAUUGCUGUGAAUUUUUUGUUAUUCCCAUUUAAAAAGACACUUCCCUCAGAGAACAACAUAUUGUAUUUUUUGUAUAAUCAUGUCAACUGGCAUUGCUUUAAGCAGGGCUAGUGUGUCAACCUGGCGAAACUGUGUUUGAUGUGUUAACUUUAUUUACAUGUUGACCAUGUAAUUUCUGAAAUGUUUUUUGACUUUACAUUAUGUUGAAGGGAAAAAAAACGUCUCAGGCACUGACUUUAAAAAGCUUUCAAAUGUCAAUAAUGUGAAACAAAAUGAUGAAAAGAUGCUUAUGAGAUACUUGUAGUGACUUUUUUAUGUGAUCCUGAUUGCUAUUUCUAGGUAAAAGAUGCAUUUUUGCUCAUUGCUGUUGCUGUAAAAGGGAUGAAAUCCACAAACAAAGUAGUGACAUGAUGCUAGGUUUUCUCUUGCAACUAAGUGACUGCCCUAUAUGACAUUUGAACUGUGAAGUGCAAGGCCACUGGUGGCUUUAAAUAAGCAAUAAAUAGCCUACAUAUUUGGGUGAGUGGAUUAAAGGUGUUUGUAAUUAUUUAAAA